AUGCGCGCCUGGCCGGCGGCGGCCCUGGCGGCGGCUCUGGCCGUCAUCCUCUGGUCCCAACCAAGGGCCGGCGGCAGACGAGACCGCGGGCCGGUCGACCCCGGGGCGGGCGCAGCCGCCGCGGCGCUGCUCGAGGCGACGGGCAUCGACCCCGCGGCUCCGGUCUGGGGCGCGCCCUUCCGCGAGAUGGCCGCGCUGUACGACGGCGCCGACCCGCCGCUCGAGACUUUUGGCGUGUCGGCCAAAUUCUCGAACGGGAAAGCCGCCACCGCGCGGUACUACGUCGCGCUGGAGCUCCCGGGCUCCGGCGGGCACCUGCCGCGCGACGCCCAGCGCCGCGCGGCCGCGCGCACGGCCGCCGCGCUCAAGGCGCCGCCGCUCGUCGACGCCUGGCUCGCCGUGCUCGCCGCGGAGGCGCCGCCGCCCGUCUACGGCUUCGGCGUUGACGCGGACGCCGGCGCCGCGAAGCUCUACGUCCAGAACCGCGACGGCGCGGCCCUGCCCCAGCUACCGGCGGCCGCACAGGCGGCGAUGCCGCCAGUAUUUAGCAACGGCACGCGGGAGCCGCGGCAAGUGCUGUCGCUCGAAUGGCACGUCGGCGAACCGACGACGGCGCUGCGUCGGUACGCCGUCGGGGCCACACCGGACGGCCCGCCGCGGGCGGCGCGCGACAGCUUCCUCGCAGUCGGCGGCGGCCAGCUGGCUGACGCGCUCGAGGCGGCGGCCGACGCGCACGCGGCAUUGGUCUACGACGUGGCCGCGACCGGCUUCUUCCAGGCAGACGGCCCGGCGCCGCCCGCGCGCGCCGAACGCGCCAAGGCCGGUCUCUCGUUCGUUCGGCAGCCAGACAUCGAAGCGCUGACGCCGGUCUUCAAGGCCUUUGACGUCGAUGCGAGCUUGGCGGCGCGCUGGGUGCGAGAUUCGGCGGACAUAGGACACUCGAUCACAAACGUGGAGGUCGGGCGCGGCGCCGUCGCGGUCUACCGCCACCCGACGCGCUUCGACUUCUUCGACGGCGCCGCGCCCGCGCUACACGCGCAACCAGCUGCGCCGCGCGGCGUGGCACCCUACGUGUGGCCGGCGCCACCGGCGGAGCUCAUGAUGCGCUCCGAGACGACGGUCGUCCGCGGCAGCCCGUCGGCUGGUUCCUGCGGUCGACGGGCGGCUUGGAUCACUGGGACGAGUACGAAGCUGGCUGCUGGCUCGGGCUCGAUUACCCCUUGGAUUCGGAGGGACUCUACCCUGCUACUGACCGCUGCCACACCUGCCAAUCGUCGUACCUGUGCUCCACGAACGUGGCCAAGGCCGCUCCGUCGCCCGCGCCGACGACGGCCGCGCCGACGGUGACGGCUGCGCCCACGAUCGACGGUCUCGCGCUCGUGAUCGACGGAUCCAAAGACACGUUUUACUACGACUCGCCUCUCUGGACGAACGACCAGCUCUACAACCGCGCCGGCGAGCUCAAGGCGCGCGCCUUCUUCGAGCCGACGAGCGAAUUCACCGUCGUGAUGGAAUACGGCUCCGAGGAACGCUCGCUCACUAUCGAGCUGGAUCAGGAGAAAAGCCUGCAGGAGCUUUUCUCCGGCGACUAUACCGCCACGGACGCCAGCGUCGACGCGUGGCGCUCCCUUGUUCCGGACGCGGGCUAUGCAAACAACUGCAACCGGCAAGGCUUCAACACCGAAUCAGAUGGCUGCCACGUGGGCAUGUCGCACUGCCGCCUGCGGUUGGGCAUCUGGUUCAACAACGAGGAUGAAUGUCAUUCGUCAGACAGCUUCCUGGGCAUCGGCGCUGCCGAGUUUUCGUCGGGCUCGAAAUGUCACUACAACGGCGAUGGCGGUGGGACCUGCGACACCAAAGCGACCGUCACGCGGAUCUACGCCAGGGCCGCGCCGUCGCCCGCGCCGACUGCGACGCUGAAGCCGUCCUUGUCGCCGGCGCCCACGAUCAAUGCGGUAUGCGCCGCCGGCUACUACAGCUGCGCCAGCUGCUGCGACCAGGACGCGGACUGCUCGUGCGACGGGCACGGCGGUGACGCCUACGAGCACGACUGGCGCACGCCCAAGUGCCCCGAAGGCUAUUACGAGUGCCGCGAUUGCUGCGACCGCGACGCGGACUGCGGCUGCGACGACCAUUGCGAGUGGGGCGCGAACGCGGACUGCUCCCUCGCGUACGACGGCGACGCCAAGCCCGCGGGAUGGUGCCCCGUGGGCUACCACGACUGCGGCCAUCACGACUGCUGCGACUGGAACAGCGACUGUGCGUGCGACGGCGCGUGGCGGACGGGCAACGACGACGAGCACUGCGGCGUCGGGCCGACGGGCCACGAUGGCGCGCUGCCGGACUUCGAGUGCAGCGUGCGCAAAGGCUCGACGUCUGCUGGCAGCGUGUCCCUCUACGAGGACAAGAGCCGCGGCUCGGAAUGCGACGCGCUCGACUCUAGCGGAAAUGUCGUGGACGCGGACUCCGCGGACCACUGCUGCCAGGGUGAGGCUUAUUGUUGCAAUCACGUCCUCCCUCAAGCUUUGUACGUCUGGGGCGACUCUGGUGGCGCGGAUUGCCCUGCGGAUUCUGAUAUCAUCGAUACAUAUGAAGGGUGCCUAGCGGCAGUCGAAUGGUUUGCGCAACAGGGCGUCUCCAUGGCAGCAAGCUCGCUCGAGAAUGUUGCGUGGGGAGGGCCACGCGGUUGCCACGCCCAGUCCGAUGUGACCGGCACCACCGUGCACUUCCAAUUCAACAGUAAUAUCGACGGUGGCACAAGAGCAGACGAUCACACCAUUCUGUGUCAAGUCUCAGGAGCUACCGCAGACGGUACUGGGUCGUGCACGUCCGACUCCGACGAUUGCGGCUACCGGUUCCGCUGUGGCGGCUCUCCCGAACCCGUGGACGGCGCGUGCGACAGCAUUCACGUGCAUUACGGCGUGGCCUGCAGCUCGGCGCACGGAGAGGCGCACGGCUGCCCGAUCGUGAACGUCCCGCGAGAGACGUGGGAUUACGAUCUUUGGAGCUGCGACGACUUGUGCGGGCGAGUCGGCGGGUGGUGCGAGCGCGCGGCGUACAUGAGCAACGAUCACUGCGGGUCGGACGUCCACGAGGAGUACGAGCUCUCGUGCGAUCAGGGCAUUCGUGAUUCGGGUUUGACGUAUCCGUCCCACACUCUGUGCUGGUGCCGGGUCGAGGACACGCCUAUGCCGACGGCCAUGCCGACGUCCGUGCCGACGUCGGCGCCAACGCCCACGUUCCAGCCGACGGUGGCGCCGACGAAAGUCCCGACGCCGGUGCCGACGUCGAUGCCGUCUCGCGAGCCGACGACGGCGACAAAUCGGCCGACGUCGACGCCGACGCACGUGCCGACGUCGCCGACGUCAGCGCCGACGAAAGUCCCGACGUCGACGCCGACGUCGAUGCCGUCUCGCGAGCCGACGACGGCGACAAAUCGGCCGACGUCGACGCCGACGCACGUGCCGACGUCGCCGACGUCAGCGCCGACGAAAGUGCCCACCGCGCAGCCGUCGCUCGAGCCCAAAACCGAAACCCCAACGAGCGUUCCGACGUCGACGCCGACGACGCCGCCGACGCCCGAGCCGACGGCGACGCCAAGCGCGUUUCCGACGCCAAGCGAGCCGUCGCCGUCGCCCACGAUUGAAUAUUUUGCGGCGCCAGGUGACAAUCUGCAGACUGUGCUUGAUUCGGCGCCCGAUGGCAGCGAGAUCGUACUCGCGGACGGGACGUAUACCAGCGGACAGAGCCCAAAUUUUCUAUCCAUCAGCAAAGACAUCACAGUUCGUGCGCUGAACCCAAGGGGCGCGAUCCUUGACGGGCAGAACGGUCGACGCCUCUUCUGCAUCAGCACUAGCGGCACCGUCGUGAUCGAGGGCCUGGACCUAGCUUGCGGUGCGGCGCGGACGGGGCGGGCGAGGACCAGACCGUCACGAUCUAUUGCGGUCCGACGGCCCUGCCGACGGCGGCGCCAACGUCCGUGCCGACGCCAUCGCCGAGCCCCGCGCCGAGCCGCCUGCCGACGACGGCGCCAACGUCCGUGCCGACGUUACCGCCGAGCCCCGCGCCGAGCCGCCUGCCGACGACGGCGCCAACGUCCGUGCCGACGUUACCGCCGAGCCCCGCGCCGAGCCGCGUGCCGACGGUGGCACCAACGUCCUCGCCGACGUCUCCGCCGAGCCCCGCGCCGACAACUGCGGUGCCGUCGCCGGUGCCGUCGCUCGCGCCGACGACCAUAAAUUACCGCCUCGCGGACUUCUCGGCGACGGCGCCCGCGGAGCUGGCCGAGGCGGCCUUUACGGGGACGGCUCUCAAGGUAGAGCACCUGGUCGUCAACCUCACGGUCCCGGCGACCGAGCCCGUUCACGUGUCGCUGAGCGCGUGGGAGCAGGGCGGCGGAGGUUUUCGCGGCAGGCGGAGGAAGGGCGGCGGCGCCCUCCGCUUCUACGCCGAGGACCCAGAUAACCCGGGCUACGCGCUCGUCUCCGACCGCGGAACAGCCUUCGUCACAGAAAGUAUCCCCGCUGGCGACACCAUUCUUACCCUCGCCGCCGGCGCGCUCCGGGACCGCGUCAAUAACGGCCAGAGCGUCGUGCAGACCAUCACGGUCUCCCUCGACUCGGACGAUCCGAUCUACGGCCGCGAGCGAAACUUUGUCGGGUCGUUCGCCGUGACGGUGCUGGACGUCGACGAGUCGCUGAUCGCGGUGAACAAAUUCCUGGCGACGACGGACCCCGUCACCUCCGACGCGGCGGCCCUCACGGCGAAAGCAAAGGAGAACGCCGCGGCCUUCGUCUUCACGGCAGCGCUGACGAGCCGGCCGUUUUCCGCCGUGCACCUUGAGGUCAAGGGCGACGUCGACGCGUUUGCGAGCAUCUCCGUCGACGGCGCCGACGGAGGGAACCGCACGGUCGAGCCUGCCGACUGGGCCUCGGCCGUGACGUACGAGUUCCGCGUCGCCGACGACGCCGUGCUCUCCGGCGACCGCAACUACUCCGUAUGGUUCGUGGCGCGCUCGGACGAUGCUAAUUAUAACAGCGUUCGCUCGGCUACGAUGACGUGCCAGGUGAUAGAGGACGACGUCGCGUUCGCGACGGUCUCGGGCAAGCAAUUGACGGUCGGGGCCGGCGUCAACGGUCCGACGUUCAGCGACGGCUACUGGAUCACGCUCUUCGCGCCGCCGACGGCCAACGUCUUCGUGUCGCUCGCCUGCGCCGACACGAAUGUGUUCUACACGAAGCGGCUCGUGUUCACGCCGGACAGCUGGGAUCGGAAGUAGACGGGACCAUCUCGGACCUGCUGCAGAUCGAGCUCGGCGGCGAAGGCACCACGGUCAAGGUUGACAACCUCGCCGAACCCAUCGUGUUCGACAUCCCGUUCGACUACGACCCGGCGCUCGAGGAUGGCUACGACCCGGGCACGGACACGGGCGUGUGUUCGGAUCAGUCUCAGGUCCUGACCUUCAACUGUGACGUGCCCACGACCUUCGACUGCGGCGGGUCUGAAGACCCGCGCGACGUCACCGUGAAUUGUCCCACCAAGGCGGCUUCGUGCUCGUUCUGGGAUAAUGCGACGAGAAGCUGGUCCUCCGACGGCUGUUCUGUCGUCGCGAACACGGCGUCCGGCGUGACGUGCGCGUGUACGCAUCUGACCGACUUCGCCGCCUCGACGACCGCCCCGGACGCGGACGUCGUCGUGAGCGUCCGAUAUCCCACGCCAUCGCCGACCACACCGUCACCGACGUCGAGCCCCACGACGUCGUCGCCGGGCCCCUCGCCGCGACCGACGCCGCGAUCUAGCCCGGCGCCGACGCCCCUGCCCGGGCACCCCACGGCGGCGCCGGUCUUUGCUCCGACGCAGCGGCCCACACCAACGCCCACGCCGCGACCGACGCGAGCGCCGUCUCCCAUUCCCACGCCGAUGCCGACGACCGAGCCGCCGUCGCCGUCGCCGACGCACCAGCCGACGCCGGCCCCCACGCCGGCGCCGACGCAAGCUCAGACGCUGGUCCAGGUCGCUUCGUCGGUGACGCUCGAGGGCGUCAACCCCGUCCUGUUUAACGCCGACAAGACCGGCAGGCAGGCGGCGUUCGCGCAGUCGAUCAUGGACAGCGCCAACGAUCUCUUCGACGAGAUCAUAGACAUUGAGGCCGCCGGGCGGCGUCGCCUCGACGACGGCGCGGGCGUCGCGAUCUCGUACACGGGCAUCGCCCGCAUCGACGGCACGGAUAACGGCGAACAAGUCUCGGCGGAAUUGCUGGAACAGUCCAUGGACGCCCUGACGUUGGCAAUUAACGACGGGAGUUUCUUGACCACGCUGCAGGCCGCGGAUUCCGCGUUCGCCGCCGUGACCGUGGACGAGACGGCGACGUACGCGGCGAUUGCGGCGGCCACGGUCGUCUUCGUCGUCACCACGCCGGCGCCGACUACGUCGCCGAGCCCGAGGCCCACGUCGGCGCCGUCCCUGCGGCCGACGCCAAAACCGUCCCCGCGGCCGACGGCCACACCUUCGAGCGGGGCACCUGGCGGCGCUGCCGGCGACGACGACGGCGCUGCCGACGACGGCGGUGCCGCCGCCGCCCCCGCCCCCGCCCCCGCCUCUGGCGGCGGGGGCUCCGACUCGGGCGGUGGCACUCUUAUCAUCAUCAUUGUGGUGUUGGUAGUUGUUAUUUUGAUGCUCCUGUCAGGCAUCGGCGGCUACCUCGUGAGCACGCGGCGAGGAAACAAGAUUUCUGCCGUGGCCGUCGCCGUCGCGCCUGUCGAGGACGGUGAGCUGACGACAGACCGCUGGGCGACCGCGCGCCGCGAGGAACGCUGUAUGAUGAAAGCCUCGCCGCGCGUGCUGCCCAUGGUCACGCCUACAGACGCGGCCGCGACGCACUUUCCGCCCUCGGGCGCGCCGCGGAGGCAAGCCCCGGACCUCGAGGACCAAGUCUGA